UUCGACGAGUUAAAUCUAUUUCCAUUGUAAUCGACAUGAUUUUCUGCUGUUAACAGGUAGAAGGUGCAAACUUCAUGUACAAUCUCAGCCAGACACAAAUUUUGACAAGCCUGAAUGCCACAGCAAACCCAAAUCGAAUUCCAGAAUGCUCGUGCUUUGAGUUUCCAUCCGAUGACUACUGGAAAUGCCACGCAAGAUUCUACACAAUGACGAUCUAUCAUCCAUGUGGGACUUGCAAGAUGGGCCAAGCGACUGACAAGAUGGCCGUCGUGGAUCAUAGACUCAGAGUACACGGAAUUAAAGGACUGCGAGUCGUCGACGCGUCGAUUAUGCCGAACAUCACCUCUGGAAACACGAAUGCGCCGGUCAUUAUGAUUGCUGAGAAGGCUGCAGACAUGAUCAAGGAGGACUGGAUGAUGUAGAUUAUCGUCUGAGCUUGACCUUGUAAAAUUGUGGAAAUGGAAAAUCUUGA